AUCAGUAUCAUUCUGCUCUUUUGCAAUCAUCACAAUGUCCAACCCUGUAUCGGACAACGGACCUAGGUCUACUAGACCCCGUCCUGCCAAAUCCGGCAUCGACAUCAAGCUCGACCAGCACUGGAGCUCAAAGUCGUAUACUUCUGGCUCCAAGGUCACAGGAAACGUCAUCAUCAACACCCAGCGCGAUGUUGCUUAUGAUGGCUUUGACAUCUUCUUCACUGGCACUGCCUACACUCGUGUUGACUUUGUCAGCCAAUAUUCCAGCGCCAACUACGCUUCUCGUCCUUUCAUGAAGCUCCGCAUGCCUCUCAGCCCGGCAGAUUUCCCCAGCAAUCGUGUCUUCGAGGCUGGCCGCACAUAUACAAUCCCCUUCCACUUUGUUGUUCCCCACCAGCUUACCCUCAGCGCAUGCAACCACCCCGUGGAGCAUGAGGGUAUCAGGGACCACCACCUUCAGCUCCCCCCUACCAUGGGAUUCUGGGAGCGCAACGAUCAGUCUCCUGACAUGGCUCACAUCGAAUAUGGCAUCCGUGCCGUGGCUACCAAGAACAGCGAGGAGGAGGGCCGAACUUUGCCCCUUGAUAGCUUCCACAUGGUCAAGGUUCUCCCUGCCAUGCCCGAGGAUGCUCCUCUUGAUAUCUGCACCAAGGACGAGCGCUACUGUCUCUCCAAGACAAAGCCUAUCCGCAAGAACCUCUUCUCUGCCAAGCAGGGCGAGCUCGUCACUACGGCUUCUCAGCCCAGUGCCAUUAUGCUCUCUGGAAACUUCCUCAACGCCAGCGGUACCAACUUGAAGGUCAACUUCGAGUUCAGCUCCAUCUCCAAGGAUGUUACACCUCCCAAGGUCAACUCCGUUAGCGCUAAGCUCCACGCAACCACUUUCUUCAGCAGCGCUCCCAUGACACAGCUCCCUAACUUGGGUUCUCGCGUCAAGCACCAGGGCACCCCAUCGCUCACUUACUCCACCACCACACCUGUCCCCAUGCGACCUGAUACCCAGCUCACGUGGGAGGAUGAAGCUCCUGCUUCUCGACGGGACUCUGGCUACGACAGUGCUUUCUUGAAUGAAGGAGAGACAUCUGAGUCUGAUGAUACCCAGCGCAACAGAAAGGCCAGCAAGUACAAUGUCCGCCGCUACGCCACUCUCGAUGUUCCUUUCAACCUCCCCACUUCCAACAGCAAGCUCUUCCUCCCUACCUUCUACUCGUGCCUCAGCGCCCGCGCUUAUAUCCUCCACCUUACCCUAUCUGUUGGUCCCAUGAACACCAACAUCAACCUCAGCAUCCCCAUCCAGGUGGCUGUUGAGAAUACCUACGACUACAUCGACGACGAUGAGCUUCCUUCUUUCGACGCUGCCAUCGCCGAGGCUGAAGAAGCCGAUGUCGAUCUUCACCUGCAGCCCCGCCUCAUGCAGGUUCCUGAUGCCCGAUUCCAGGGCAACAGCGUGCUUCCUGGCUACGAAGACAUGCGAAUGCGAGCCCAAGUGGCAGUUGCCUAGAUGGCAGCAACUUUUACAAGCAAGACAACUUAAUGGAUAUUUAAUGGAGGAGGAUCUGUUCCAAAAAGUUCUUAUGAUACCACGUUUCCAAAAAAGAAGGAGGAGAUGGGAAAUUUUUAUGACCUUUGUUUUUUGCAUUACUCAGCGAGGAGUUUUCGAGUUUUUUUCCCCAAAAAACGAUUCGAUUUUCUGCCAAGAAUGGUUCUUGGCAUCUUUUGGAGUUUAGAGGACGUUGCAUAUACAUACAAGCAUUAUACAGGGGGUGCAUUAUUGGGAUUACAUAAAAUGGGAAUCGGACACCGCAUUCCGAAGCGAGUUUUACUAUGUUAGAGACGUGGAACCACCACAUGAUCCUUUUUGUUAUAGAAGAAUAUGAUAAUCUUCCAACAUUUCUUGCUUUCUUGAUGUGAUCUGCUGUUCU